AACAUACUAUCCCACAGUCUAUGUGGACAAUUUCUAUAAAUGAAAAAUCUAUCGAAAAUGAUGAUGAGCUUGAAGAUGAUUUAGUUAAUACAGAUCAAUGUGAAGAAGAUAAAAGAGAAAAAUACAAUGGGUGGGCAUUAAAAGGCAAUCAAAAGUUAGGCAAUAGAAAUAGUGGUAGUAGAAUUAAGAAAAAUAUUAAAGAUCUAUUGAAAUACUUCUUUUUAAACAGUAAUCGAAGAAGUCAAGAUAAAAUGGACGACCAAGCAAUGCAUGACAAACUUCUAAAAUAUGCUAAGGCUAGUGAAAUAGAAAAGGAGAAUAUCCUACAAACUACAACAAUACGUAAUUGGUUAUUCUCAUACUCUC